AUGUCUUUUAAUUUCUUUUUCUUAAAAAAAAUAUUUUGGUCGAUGGAAAUUACUAUCAUAUCAGCUCAAGGUCUCAAGAACACCACCACCUGGCCGUGGCGGUUCCGCCCUUUCGCCACCGUCUCCACCGUCUCCACCACCUCCACGAAUGAACUUCAUAUAACUAGGGUUGAUGAAACAAUACGUAACAACAACAUCGAUAAUAAUUAUAAUGCUAUGUGGGGCGAUAAAUUUCAUCUAUCUAUCGAUGCUAGUCUAUUUUUACAUGGACAUUUAUGUAUAUACAUUCAAAUAUAUUCUAAAAAUUUUCUUAAGGGUCGGAGUGAACUAGGGUGGUGUAUGAUUUCGGCGGCCGACGUAUUCAACGGGUUACUUCCGGCGGGUUUUCUCCGGCAAUUUAGCUAUAGGCUAAGGAAUAAAGAUGGUUCAAGAGGUAACGGAGUUGUUAAUGUUGCCGUUAAAUUGGAUACUUCGUUUGUUUUGGGAAUGCAUCCUCAACGAUCACCGUUAGUGACGUAUUUACCGAAGGUGAGUGAGUACUCGCCGGUUCUUGGAAUUCCGCUGACGGCAUCAUCGACAAAUAUGUUGUAAGACAAAUGAACGAUAUCGUAUUAUUUAAGUUAUAUAUGUUGACAGUAGAAAACAUUGUCAUUAUAUAUAAAUUAUCUAAAAAAAAGUUUGUGGAAUGCUAUGUUUGUUGACUUUAAAA